GUCAGACUCCUAGUUGUCUUGUCAGUUAGUUUAACAGGAGUUUAUUCUUAUAGCCAACUCUAUGGUUUAACAAAAGCCAGGAUUAACGUUAGCAGUACAUCAAUAAUAAUACCAUUGGCAUAGUUAAUGAAGGGGACCAAUUUUGCAGAGGCGAGUCUCAACACAGGUUCAAACGUGUGAAAAUACAGACCAAUGCUUACGAUGCACUCUCGAAUAGAAAUCGACUUUAGCUAGCCAGCUUUUGCAUUGCAUCAGUUUGGUUGAUGUGGCCCUAGGCGAUUUUAAACACUGAUGUUAGGCGACUGUGUGUAUAAAUAUGUUAAACGGUACAAGGAAAACAGAAUAAUAUAGAUUUUGAGACGUCUGCUAAACAUGUUGUUGUUAUUAUACGCACAUAAACAUCAGUACAUAAGCAAUUGACAAUAGCGAGUAGGAAAUACGAUUAUUAAAUAAAAUAGUAAAAAGUUGUGGAAUUAGCAGAGGAAAUAUUGCACAUUAUUAAAAUGAAUUGACUCGACACACUGAAGUGUAAAAAAUAAUGUGUAAAUGCAGCUACAAAUAUAUGUAGCAUAUCUGAGACUUUAUUUUCAGUGAAAUAUUUAUUAACUUGAGGCGUGUACGUACAUGUGAAUUUAGGUCAUUUCAUUAUCAUUUUAAGAAAUUUUAAGGGCUGCAGGUUUAUUAGUUUACAAAAUAAUUCUGGCCCUAAAAAAUUUGAAGAACCACUUGUUGCUGAAUCUACUACAAUAAUGUAACGCAUCAAAACGUGAAAGAGCACAUCAUCCAGCGAUGUUCAACUGAAAGAACAUUGCCCAACCACGUUUUAUGCAGUAAGGUCGCUUCAAUUAGUGACUUUUAGCAAGACCACUCCUUACUUGCAAUAUUUGCUUAUAUGGAAUGGAGAAUACACAUGGGCAUUUUAAAUGAAGGUUUUAAUUAAUAUUUUCAACUUCAUUAAUUAUCACCACCACGCCAAGGCUAGUUCCUCCCUGGAAGAUUACUUGUGCAUGUAUUGUGGACAGCAAGAUAUUCAAUAAAUUAAUUAGUCCCUGAUGUCCAUCCCCUUCAUUUCAUUACUUGGAGAACAAGUGUCAGCUUUACAUUCUCAACGCUACAACAAAACAUGGAGUUAUUAAAAAUUAGCUUCUGAAAAAUUAUUUUCAUACGAUGUCAUCCAAUCCUCCAACUUGUUGGUCACAAUGCCUUUGGUGCUUGUGCACAUGCAAUGGAAGACGAGUCUCAAGCGUCGGACCCUCUGAACCAUUUCCUGUGGUUUCCGUCAAUGGUCGAAAAGAUCAAGGCUUGUCCGGAACAAGAACCAUUCAAGUGGAACCCUCUAAAAGCGAACAGAUCCAGUACGGAGUCGUUAACCAGUUUUUUGUUCCUGAUGAAAACAUUGUGACUGUUUCUGCUGCUGGAGAAAGUGGGGUUGACCACGCUCAGGAAACACCAAUAAUAAUCACCACCGAUGGCGACUCGUCUUCCAACCAUCACUUGCAACAUUCCAUAUUUAUUGAAAUAGAUAAAGAUCGGAGAAUUAGAGUGGUUCAUUUGCAACCCAAAUUGAAGCCAGGGGAAGAAAGCUCAUCAUCAUGUGAGGCACCUCAAGUGGUCCACCUUUCUCCGACAGCUCAUGAAAGUAUUUCCACUCGCAAGUCUGUUCCUGGGGAAGAAGAAGACGAAUAUUGGUUCAGCAAGUGGACGAGAAAACCUAGAUUUCGAUCAAUUUUUCAAUCCAACAAUACUGCACACACCAAUGCAGAUGAUACUGGUGGAGGAGAAGAGGGUGUAGAAAACAAUAACUCUUGUUCUAAUAAUGGUGGGGGUGCAGUAUCUCGAGAUUUUGAAAUUGCUCGAGCUGCGGCUGCUGCAAAACGGAGGGCGUGGGCUUAUAAUAAUAGAAGCAGCGAGCCUGUCGUACAGCAAUCAACAGUGGUUGACAAUAGCGAGGAAGAAGAAUACAACAGCAUCAGCAUUUGUGAAUCUUCUACAAAGUGGUCAAAGUCCGGAAACAAUAAGUCUGAAAUUGGUGAUGGUAGUGGUAUUAAUAAUACACCGCCAAAUACGCCAAGAAGUAGGAGUAAUUCCACAGGAUCUACGAAUUUCGGGUUUGUGGAAGAUGAUGUCCAAAUGGAGAAAGAUGUCGAGGUCAUUCAUGAGAUGGCUGUGGAUUGUCCGCCCGAUUUCGUGUCUCCUGUUAAAAGUCUCAGUCUCAAGCGUGGAGGUCCUAGUCCAAGUCCGUCCAGCUCAAGCACAAUAGUCAUGGGAAAGAGUCAGAGUGGCACCAAGGACGCGAUGGCAGCCACGAUUUCCGAUGAAGUACAGCAAACUGAUGAAAUUCAGAAUUCAGGUCUGAAUGUGAAGAAGCCGCCAAUACUAUUUUUUAUACACGGAAUUUCGGAAUCCAGUGAAAUAUGGACAGCACAAAUUGAUUUUUUUCAUAAUGUCGGGUACGAAAUUGUUGCCCCCGAUCUGUUGGGUCACGGCUACAGUUCGACUCCAAACGUUGCCAAGUAUUACCAUUUUGAGUCCAUUGCUCAAGACUUGCUAGGUGUUUUCGAUUACUUUGUGGAAGCAGAGAGGAAGGUAGUCAUCAUUGGACACGGCUAUGGAGCAAGCCUGGCGGCAGUGAUAAGUCGAGUUCGUCCAAAAUCUUGCAGUGUACUUGUUUCAAUUUCUGGAGGUGGACCUACUCCGCUGGUAAAUCGAUCUUGCUGCCGAGGAUCACUUGUACCAUUCUACUGCAAAUUAUUCCACAAAAAUACCAACUCGGGACGUUUUGACAAUCCCGAUCUUCGCCACGUCCUACCUACUCAGAUUCAUAAACACGUAAUCAAUGGUCAAAUGUGGAGCGACGGUGAUUCUGCCUUUUACAGAAGGAUAUCAGUACCAACACUUUUAGUAUUUGGAAUGAAGGAUAAAAUAGUGAAUUUAGUCGAAAUUUGUGAAAUGGAGAGAACCAUUCCUAAAUCAUUCUUGGAAGUGAUCGACUCUGCCGGACAUUUAGUUCAGAUCGAAGAACCCGUGAAGCUAAACAAAAUGGUUGCAAAAUUUAUACAGUCUUGGAUCUAAACGCCUAAUUACUCAUUGCAUAUUAUGUGAUCCUAUAACAUAUUUUGUUGUGAUGGUGUACCUACGCAUGUGUAACACGAAAGAGUUUUGCAACAUGAAUAAUGAGUUUUAACAAAUCAAGAAGAUAAACGUACAAAAGUUUUAAUUAAUUUUUAAUAUAAUGUAUACGCCUUAAGGUUGGACAAGUAUUUAUUUGUAAAAUUAAAAAUAUUUAAUUAGUUGAUUAAACUACCAUGAACUAAUA